AUGCAUUACGUGCGGCUCCUACGGGCCCCCAAGCUCGUUCACUUGAGACGAGCCACCCAGAUCUCGCUCGUCCUGGCCGUCACCACCGACCUCGGCGACUCGUUGCUGCACCCGGAAGAAGCCAUCGAGCUGAUGGCCAGCGCCGUCGUAACUUCGUCGUCAGGCACCUCGACGCACAAGCUGGCAAGUAGCGGAAAGCUUCAAUGGCGGCCGGGAGAUCGCGUCGCCAAGCCCAUCUUGGACCUCCCGCCGGCCGUGGUGGCGGCGCUGGCAUCUGGGGACCGCGUUGAAUUAUGCGUCGGUCCGGCGCCGCCCUUUUCGGCGGAUGCGCUGCGCGACAUCUUGGCUUCCUCGACCGAGCACGCUUCUGGGGGCGGCGACAAGGGCUUGGUGAUGCCGGUUUGGGUGGUGCUUAGAGAGCAUGAGGCUGAGGACGACCUUUGCACGCGCAAACUUCGUCUAAACGGACCGUUGGAGCCACCCGACUAUCUCGAGCUGGAGGAGGAGUUGGGCGAGAGCAUCGCCCGUCACAUCUGGGACGCCAGCCCCGUUGUGCUAGCCGCCAUAGCAGCCAUCUUCCGGUCUCCAAGCUACGAGCCGGGCCAGCAGCCGUGCAUGGAUGCCCUGGAGCGCAUGUUUGGCGCGAGCAAGACCAUCAACAUCCUGGAACUAGGCUGCGGAGUCGGCAUCCUCGGCGCAGGCCUGGCCGCCGUCUUCCCGCCCGCCGCCGGAGACUGCACCAUUCUCAUGACGGACCUCGCCGACGCCGAGAAUCGGGCGCGGACCAACGUCGGCCUCGUCGAGCGCAACCAGUCCGGCCGCGCCAACCUGCUCUACGAGAACCUGGACUGGGAAGACGGCAGACACGGCCGCUUUGGGCCACUCCUGCAGCGCCGGCGCUGGGACCUGGUCAUGCUCAGCGACUGCACCUACAACACCGACACGCUGCCGGCUUUGGUGGCGACACUGUCGGCCGUGCACGCGCACAGCGUCGGGCAAGCUGGCGGCGAGGCCUUUUCGACAAAGGUGUUCCUGGCGACCAAACAGCGCCACUCUUCCGAGCAAGUCGCCUGGGACCUGUUGGCGCGCGACGGCUGGAAGAGGCUGGCGGCGCAGACGUUGCCGCUGCCGGUCUUGGGAAGGGAGAGCCAGUCCAUUGACAUGUACCUUUUCGAGAAGAAAUGA